AAAGCACCAAAGUGCGUGUGAUGUGAUGCUGCUGGGCACUGGAGAUGGGACUAGGUGCUGCUGCACACGUAUGCACACAUGCACACACACCACACACGCAUGCACACACGCUGCACAAGUGCACACACCAUGCAUACACACCACACACGCAGUGCACACAUGCACACACCAUGCAUACACACCACACACGCAGUGCACACAUGCACACACCAUGCAUACACACCACACACAUGCACACAAUGCACACGUGCACACCAUGCAUACACACUACACACAUGCAUACAUACAAUGCACGUGCACACGCCAUGCAUACACACCACACACUUGCACACAUGCACACCAUGCAUACACCACACAUGCACACAUACAAUGCACACGUGCACACCAUGCAUACACCACACAUGCAUGCACACACAAUGCACAUGUGCACAUACCAUACAUACCCACCAUGCGUGCACACACAAUGCACACGUGCACACACCAUGCAUACCCACCAUGCAUGCACACAAUGCACACGUGCCCACACCAUGCAUACACACCACACAUGCAUCCACACAAUGCACACACCAUGCAUACACCAUGCAUGCACAAUGCAUGUGCACACCAUGCAUACACACAUGCAUCCACACAAUGCACACGUGCACACACCAUGCAUACACACCACACAUGCAUCCACACAAUGUGCACAUGCACACACCAUGCAUACACACACAGUGCACACGUGCACACACCAUGCAUACACCACACAUGCACACCACACAUGCAUCCACACAAUGCACGCGUGCACACACCAUGCAUACACACCAUACAUGCAUGCACACACAAUCACACGUGCACACACCAUACCCACCAUGCAUGCACACACACAAUGCACACGUGCACACACCAUGCAUACACACCACACGCAAUGCAGUCAUGCACAAUGCACAUGUGCACACACCAUGCAUACAUACCAUGCAUGCACACACGUGUGCAUAAAGACAUGAUUUCUUCCUGUCCUCUUUGAGAGCUUGUGGCUGUUGGCCCAGGUGCCCUGGGGCUGCCUCUCCACCUGACGCCUCCUGGUUUUCCCACUGCAUCUGGCGAACAUCUGUGCAGACACUUCCUGACUCCCACAGAGGCCAGAUGGUGAGGGCUGGAGAGCAGGCUUCCUGGCCCCAGCAUCCCACAGACAUGGGCUCCCUCCCCCAUCCAUCCACCUGUGUGUCUCAGGUAUUCACUGGUUAUCCACGCUCGUUUGUUCUCUUUUAUUGCUGGCCACGUGUGGAUUGCCUCCCGACUAAAGUGGUCUGUGAGUCGCUCCUGUCUUUAAUUAUCCUGGUGUUCAAAAUGUACGAGAUUUGCUGGUGGGAACCCUGCCACGCUCUGCCUGUGCGCUGUGCCUUUCCUUCAAGCACCUCCUCGUGACCAGGCGUGGCAGGGCAUCCUCUUGGGCCUCUGGCCUUGGCCAUUGCUCUGUGGGUCUUGGCUCCCUUUGGUGGGGAACAGCGUUAGAGACCAGGAUCUAGACAGGAGGUGUGCUCGGUGCCACAGGGUGCCUGAGCUUUAGGCCCUUUCUGUGGACAGGCUAGGGAGGACAGGCAUGCUGCGUGCAGACACGCACGUACAUAUGUCAUAUGCGUGGACAGAUCUGAAACAGCACAGAACCGUGCCCGGAUUCUGUCCUACCUUGCACGGUUCUCCCCCACCCCCCAUCUCCACCCUGAGGACCCUGGCCCCCAGCAACAGCAGCAUCCUCACGCAUCUGCUGGGGAGUCCAGUGCACGCCUGCUCACGAGCUCCAGCGUAGCUGCCACAGGAUUGCAAAAACAAACCUACCAUGAAGAGGUCGGGAUCGUGUGGAGUUCACUCCCUGCCCACAACUGCGGGUGCCAUCAAGCGCUGUGCUCAUGAGUUCUUGGAUCGCUUCUCCACCGUCAGGGUAGUGGUGCCUUCACUGGAAAUACAGCUGGGUUCAUCCUUCCCGUUUGCUUAUAGUCUUGUGCCUCCCACCAUACCCCAUGCCCCAUCCUGUUAGGUUUGUAGAGUAUGACCAUCCUUCUAGAGGUCAAAACUGCCCCUAAAGACAGAUGCAGGGAGCCACUCCCUCCCGUACCUCCUCCUCGCAUUUUGGUAAUGAGCAUAAUUGUCUCCUGGUUUAUCUCCCGUGUGUUUAAUUUUGUAAAGAUAAACAUAUACACGUAUA